UGACAUUUGAUUUGACGUUAGUCCGGCCAUAACCUCACAUUUGGCCAUUUUUUGUAAAAUUUAAAUAAUGGCAGACGAAGAGACUGUGAACGGCAGCAGCGAAGAACUGCCUGAAAAGUCGCAAAAGAAAACCGCAAAGUACGACAGUGGGGCUGCCGAUCUCGAGAAAGUCACCGAUUAUGCCGAAGAAAAGGAGAUUUCGACACAAAACGUAGCUGGGGCUAUUUCCGCAAUCGGCGAUCGGCGGAAUAAAGAAGCCCUCGAGAAACAAGCCCGUGAGAAAGAAUUGCUCAAAGUAUCAGUUAAGAAAGAAGACGUUGACCUCAUCGUCCGUGAAAUGGAAAUCUCCAGGACGCAGGCCGAAAGGACCCUAAGAGAGUACCACGGGAAUGUUGUCAAUGCACUUGUAGCUCUAACAAACUAAUUUAUUACAAUUUUGUAUUUAAUUCUAUAAAAUUACAAAUAUUCGCGGUC